AUGUCCCUCCCCGUCCCCGACCUCCACUCGCACCGCACCCAGCUCGUGCUCACCGCCCUCGGUGCCGCCGCCGUCAGUGCCUCCGCCGUAACAGCCUACAACGCCUACACACGCCGGCGAAAGAGGCGUUCGUUGGACUAUGAUAUCCAACGAUCUCUGGAAUUGCAGACUUCCUUCGCUGGGUCUCAUUCUCACUCUCUACGACGACCUUCGGAUGCCGCUGUGAAGGGGAAGACUAAAUACGGUGGUCCGGGAGUAGGAGUGGGAGUGGGAGUGGGAGUAAGAGAGGAGGAAGAAGAAGAGAGACAAGAGAUCGAGCUGGGAGGGUACGCAUACGACGAAGAACUCGUGCGGGAGCAAUUAGCGCGUAAUUAUGCGUUUUUUGGAGAGGAGGGGAUGGGGAAGGUUAGGGGGAGUAGUGUGGUUGUUGUGGGCUGUGGAGGGGUGGGUAGUUGGGCUGCUGUUAUGCUUUGUCGAUCAGGCGUCUCCAAAAUCCGCCUCAUCGACUUCGACUACGUCACCCUCUCCUCGCUCAACCGCCACGCCACCGCCUCCCUCUCCGACGUCGGCACCCCCAAAGUAGCCUGCGUCGCACAGGCCCUAAAGCGAAUGGCGAAGUUCGUGGAGGUCGAUGCGCGGAUCGAGUUAUGGAGGGCGGAUGAGACGGGCGCGGGGUUGUUGGAGGGAGCGGAUUGGGUCAUUGAUGCGAUCGAUAAUAUAGGCACCAAAGUCGACCUGUUAAAAUACUGCGUGCAGCAGAACAUCCAGAUCUUCUCCUCCAUGGGCGCCGGCGCAAAAGCGGACCCCACCCGCAUCCAAAUCGCAGACAUCUCAGAAACACUGUACGAUCCCCUCGCGCGCUCUGUCCGCCAGCGUCUCCGCGCAUCCGGAAUCACCAGCGGCGUGCCCGUUGUGUAUUCUACUGAGGUGCCGGGCGAGGUGGGGUUGUUGCCGUUGAAAGAGGAGGAGUUCGAGAAGGGGAAGGUGGGUGAGUUGGCUGCUAUUGAUGAGUUUAGAGUGAGGAUUUUGCCGGUGCUUGGACCCCUACCUGCGUUGUUCGGCCUCCAUGCAGCGACGUAUAUCAUCUGUGACUUAGCCGGGAAACCCCUCGAACGGCCUCUUCCAGUGCGGCAUCGAAAGAAGUUGUACGAGAAAUUGUAUAAAGAUCUAUUGCACCGCGAACAACGUAUCUCCGGACGUCCUAUCAAUAAACUCCCCCUCUCCACCCCCGACAUCGCAACCCUCUUCGAAGACAUCUCCCUCUCCCGCUCCAUCCUCCCCCCACACCCCACCUGCUCCAAACCCGCGCUCAUCCGCUGGGACCCCGCUCUCCCUCUCUCGCUUGAAAAUGUGGUGGUGAUGGAGGAUAGAGAUGUGGACCGGCAUUUAGGGGAGGUGUUUGGGAGGGUGGGGAGGAAGCCUGGCGAGGUUUGGGGAGAAGAAGUUGUGGGUGUUGUGGAGAGGAGGAGGAAGGAGGCGGAGAGGUGGAGGGUUUGGGCUUUGUAG